AUGGCCCAUGGGGCCAGCAGCAAACUGAUUGCGGUGGAUAGGCCGUCUGCUGCAUCCCGCGAGGAUCCUUCCAUUCCGACCUCUCAGUUCUUUUCGGAGGGGGGCUACGGUCGCAAGCAAAAUUUGAAUGGCGGGGAAUCCCGGAAGUCCUUUCAUGGCUACCCUGAGGGCUAUGCCCAGCUGAUUGAGUCUCCGGACACUUGGCACAUCACACCCAUGCAGAUUGAUACUCGCAAUCGCGACUGCGGUGUCACACCUGCCAGCAUCACGAACUGCACCAAGUUCACACCAGGACCCGAGCCAAAACAGGCCAGGUACGGCCUGGGUGUGCCAAAGGACACGAACUACAGCGGCAUCUUAGAGUGCCCCUGCAACUCCCGGUACGGUGGAGAUCCCAUGUUCUACCCGGAGGCACAGACGAAGAUUGUCAGCCACAAGUAUACGAUCGUUGGGACAGGGGCCUGCGCGGCUGGUGAGCUGGUGGAGAAUGCCAGCGACUGCUUUGCAGCAGCCACGACUUUGGGCUUGAAUGCCUCCCACUUCAUAAACAAGAGCGUGGCCGAUCCUGCGCUACCACCGGGCUGCUCCGUGACGGUGGAAGCCAAUCAGUCGGCAGCGGUCUAUUUCAACACGGCCGGGCGAGGGAACUGCAGCGCCUCCUCGAAGCGCUCCGGGGAAGGGAUCUCCAAAGUCGGCGUGAAGAUUGCCAUUGAGGUGGAUGCAACGAACACGUUCCAGAGGUCACCCGCAGGGGAGUUCUGCGAAAACAAUCGCAAGGGCAAAAUCCAAGCGUUCCCCAUGCGGGGCUCUACAUUGGCAGCUGCAGAAGCAGCUCGCGACCAGUGUACCCAGUUUUGCUGGGAUGAUGCCAGCUGCUGGGGUUGCAGUGUGGACUGUGAGCAGGAGCCAUAUGCCUACGGCGCUCUCAUUUCCGCAUGCCAGUGGAACGCCAUCACAUCCUGUGGAAAGGUCAUGAAGUGGUCGGGAUCCAUCAGAGGUGACAUCAGUCAGAAGCAGCCGCAAGGUGGCAGCGUUCGGAUCACACUGUCGGGACCCGCAGGUGCAUGGUUUGGUGCCGGCUUCAAUGCUUCCGCCAUGGCCGACAGCCCCUACACCCUGGUGGCGAAUGACGCCGGAGUGACUGAGAGAAAGAUCGGCACCUGUGGUAGCGAAGCAGAGCACUGUCCGGGGGACCUCCUCUCGCCGAGCUUGAAGGUGCUAUCGAACUCCGUUGCGCAGGGUGUGCGCACAGUAGUGGUGUCCCGUGGCCUUGCGGGACUCACCAAGAACCACUACUCCUUCAACCCUCAUGGAGACGAGACCAUUCGCUUCAUCACGGCAGUUGGUCAGUCGCAGACCUUUGCAUACCAUCGUGCUCAUGGCCCAGCACAGGUGGCGCUGACCAGUGAAGGGUCCAACUCCUGCAUCUGUGACAAAGGCAUCACUGGCCGCCUUUGUGAGACAGGGGGAGUCAACUGCGCCGAGUUCGAGAAGGACUGUGUGGCCUUUCCUGCAGGGGACCUGAAGGCUCAGCGGAACCCGACCUGCAACUCGCGGCAGUACGCGGGAGGCCUCAGCUGCUGUCACCACAAGCGGAUCAUGCUGGAUGCAGACCAGGAGAUCCGCCCCGAGCUCCUGAGGUAUCACAUGAAGUUCCGGUUCUGGUUCCAGGAAUACAAGGCGAAGUCUGCGACAGGAGGUAAGGCUUCCCACGCGGACCUUCCCCGCAUCUACUACCAGACCGAGGCCCAUGCAGGUGAGUAUGACAUCCCCCCGGCUUUUGCCAAGCCGGGGCACCCCGUCGUGGGGUAUCCCGAUUGGCCUGUUGGGACUCCUACGCCAGGGACGAACUGUACUGGAACCUGCCCUGACGGCCCGGACUGCGAGUGUGUCCAUACCAUCACGUAUCACUGGACUGUCAGCAACAUCCGUCUCAUCUACGCUGGAGGGCACUGUCAUGCGCCCAGCUGCAUCUCUAUUGAGUUGUACCACAACCUCACCGGCACACCACAGCUCCUGUGCCGGCAGCUGCCUUAUUAUGGCCAGGGAAAUUUCCCCAAGGACAAGUGGGACGAAGCCGGCUAUGUAACCUUGCCUCCCUGUCUCUGGAGUGACGAAGAUCCAAAUCUGGACCGAUCUGUUUGGCUGCCGGCCAACACACCGCUUUUCUCUAUCAAGAAGAAUAACAACACCCACCUUGGUCACUUUGGCGAGAUGGCUUCCUGGCAGAUGCGCGGCGUGAGCUUCCCGGCGGACCCACCCACCUUCGUGUGA